AUGUUCUACGGUACCUUUGGGAUCAUCUUUGGCGUUUUCUUUGUGUACAUCGCCAUCCGCGAGAGUCUGACUAUGAAGAAUCUAGUGGGCAUUGGCAUGGCUGCUAGUAACACGUGGGGGCUAACGGCUACAGUAGCGUUGCUGGGCUAUGGGCUCGUAGACGUACCACGACGGUGGUGGGAGAGAUGCCAGACAGAGAAGUGGAUGGAGAUACUGUACUUUGGGGUGGCCAAAGCUACCCAGGAGUUGGAUGAGGUGAACGAAGACUUAGAAAACGCAACGAAAGAGAUACACGUGAUCAAAGAAAUGGUGGAUGAGAGCCAUGAGAUGUACGACCGCGUGCAGCUGAUUGCGUAUAAAGCACCUCUAUACGAUGCGGCAGCCCAAAGAAGAGGUCGAAGGAACUUGCCCGUUAUUCGGUGCAGCGAUAUUGACGAGAAGAUGUUAGUGAAACUACACCGCACCAUCAUACGCACAGUACAUCUCAAGGAACGCUGUCAGGCCAUCUACGACACCCUCAUGGAGCGAGCCAUGGUGCAUGAGGAUAUCAUGCACGGACGCUACCGAGUGCACUUCAACGAGAGCGAUGGGUUUAUGGAUAAGGCGUACAAGCGCAUGGUAUAUCUGUGGCAGACACAGGGGUAUCGGGUCUUCGCUGCUUUGUAA